UGGUUUCUCAGCUGGCUUGUGAGGGCUAGCGUUGCUGGCCUGGGAGGCCCUUAAAGCGCCCUCUGAGCGGCCUGCCUCUAGCCGAGGCGUGCAAAAGGAGCUGCUCCUAGUUGACAUCAGCUUUCCAAACUUCUCUUUCCUUGUCUUUCGAAAGCCGGGCCCUUUGGUCCACCGCCGCGGAGUCUGUGGCCGCCGGAAAGCUCAGAUUCGAGAGUCCGGAGAGUAACCGGAAGUGCCCUCCCUAGGCGGCUCUGGCCGCUGCCCGGGAGAGGGAAGAAUUGAGUGUUGUGAUAGUUCUGGACUAGAGACCUUUUGACAUCCAAAGUAAAAGAGUCAGUCUUCAGUUUCUUGUUAUGAUUUGGAGACACCAAAUAAGAAAAUAAUGUGGAUGAUGCUGGAAACUGGUAAAAGUGAAGUUAUGACUGAAAAGCUUGAAACAGAUGUAUCUUCCAGGUUCUUAUCGAGAAAAUGACUAUGAAAGCAAUGAUGGGUCAAGAGGACCAGUGGAAAAGUCCCUAGGAGAGAGCCAUAGAAAAUGUACACUUCAGAAGAGAGAUAUAAUCAGAGAACUCCAAAAAGGAAAUUAUAUCAUGUAUGCCCUCAGAAGGGUAAAAAGAUUUUUAUUCAUGUACAUGAGAUUACUCAAAUAGAUCAUCAAAUAUACCAGUGCCUUGAACGUGAACAAAAAUUUUGUGAAAACUUAGCACUUAUUAUGUGUGAAAGAAUCCAUACUGGGGAGAAACCUUAUAGAUGUGAUAUGUGUGAGAAAACCUUCGUCCAAAGCUCAGAUCUUAUUUCACACCAGAGGAUCCACAAUUAUGAGAAACCUUACAAAUGUAGCAAAUGUGAGAAGAGCUUUUGGCACCAUUUAGCCCUUUCAGGUCACCAGAGAACCCAUGCAGGUAAAAAGUUCUAUACAUGUGACAUUUGUGGCAAGAAUUUUGGUCAGAGCUCGGAUCUGCUUGUACACCAGCGAAGCCAUACAGGCGAGAAACCGUAUCUGUGUAGUGAGUGUGAUAAGUGUUUCAGUCGCAGUACCAACCUCAUAAGGCACCGAAGAACUCACACAGGUGAGAAACCAUUUAAGUGUUUGGAGUGUGAAAAAGCUUUUAGUGGGAAAUCUGAUCUUAUUAGCCACCAGAGAACUCACACUGGUGAAAGGCCCUACAAAUGUAAUAAGUGUGAGAAAAGUUAUCGACACCGUUCAGCCUUCAUUGUACAUAAAAGAGUCCAUACUGGGGAGAAGCCCUAUAAGUGUGGUGCCUGUGAGAAAUGCUUUGGCCAGAAGUCAGACCUCAUUGUCCACCAGAGAGUCCACACAGGUGAGAAGCCGUAUAAAUGCUUGGAAUGUAUGAGAAGUUUUACUCGGAGUGCCAACCUAAUUAGACACCAGGCCACUCACACUCAUACUUUUAAAUGCCUUGAAUAUGAAAAAAGUUUCAACUGUAGCUCAGACCUUAUAGUACAUCAGAGAAUUCACAUGGAAGAGAAACCACAUCAUCAAUGGUCUACAUGUGAGAGUGGCUUCCUCCUAGGUAUGGACUUUGUUUCCCAACAGAAAAUGAGAACUCAAACAGAGGAGCUAUGUUACAAAUACAGUGUAUGUGAAAAAAGCUUCCACCAGAGCUCUGCCCUUCUUCAACAUCAGACAGUACACAUUGGCGAAAAGCCGUAUGUCUGUAACAUGGGUGAGACAGAUCUUGAGCUCAGCCCACCACAUGCAUCUGAAGUGUCACAGAUAUCUUGACCAGAAAAUAAGUUACACCACCAUGCAUACAUAUAAACACACACAAAAUGCAUUUACAUGCCAUAGAACUCAAUAAGAUGAAGAUCUCUGGUGAAUCUCAGACUUUCCUCAGCUCUCAGACUUCAGUGGGGACCAGAGAACUUGCACUUGUAGGAAGUGUCAGAAAGGCUUUACCUACAGAGCUGUCCUAACAACACCUUAUCAUUAGUCCAGUGAAACUCCAGAAAUACUCUGAGUUUUGGAAAACCAUUAGUCUGAGUUCAAACUUGAUCACUCACAGAAAAAUUCAUACAGGUAGGGAACCCUGAUUGUGUGUGUAUGAGAGAGCUUUCUAGCAGUGCUCAGCCCUCCUCGUAAAAGAAUUCAUACCAGAAAACAAAAUACCUUCAGUGUCAACAGUGCUUCAGACAGUAUGUACAUCUCAUUGGACAUCUGAAAACCCACCCUUAGGACAAAACCCAAUCAAUUUGGAAAAAGCUUCCAACAGAACUCUGACUUUGUUACCCAUCAGAGAAGCCGUAAUGGUGAAAAAUUAUAUAUUUGUCUUGAGUGUGACAAAAACAUUUGUUGGAAAGCCUUACUUGUUUGUACCAAAAGAAAAAAAUCUGAAGACCUUAGAAGUAUCUGAAAGAGAAAAGCUUGUUAAUGAUCAGCUCUUGUGGUGGUACAUCAGGGAACUCUAAUAAGUGGGGGAAAAAUCCAUAUACACUUUGAGUCUGAAAAAAGCUUUGCUAGAAACUCCUGUCUUACUUAAUUGAGCCCCCAAAGAACCUGUUCUCUGGAAAAAUUUGCUCCAGUGAGAUCUAAUUGUGGGUGAGAAAUUAUGUACAUAUUUGUAUGAGAACUGUUCUCAUAGUUGAACCAUGUGAUACAGAUAACUUGAAAUGCAGUCAGUAUGGAAAUAAUUUUUCUUAUACCCAGACACUUGUUCUGGAAGGAGUUAAGGCAGGUCAAAGUAGACCUGAUGGGUUACUCAGGUAAAGAUGCUUUUCUUUUAUCUGAACCACUUAAUGAUUGUUUUACUUUCACUUUUUAAAAUUCAAUCAUCCAGUAAAGGAAGGGACUGGAAUCUUGUGAUAUAAGAUAUGGCAUGUGUUACUGUUGGGGAAAAGGACUAUCGAUUUUGCUUCUUGGUUAUUUCCUUUUUAUUCUUGGCUACAGUAGGAAUAGUGUAUUGAUAAUAACAUGGGACUCUUGCAGGCUGUGAAAAGAAUGAAUGAAAAGCUAGGAGUAGUUAUAAUAGGUCAGAACUAUUCCAAUGGUUUCCCCUUUUAGAAUCAGUCUCAUAAAACAGCAGAAUACUCAGUUGUUUGUUUGUUUUUUUUAUGUAGUAUAGUUUGAGGCCUACUCCCAAAUAUUUUCUUUUCCCUAAGAUGUCUUCCAAGUUAUUAUUGGUACUUGAGAUAUCAAACUAGAGAGAUUUAUUUCUUUGCAACUCAAAAUACAAAUUCCAGGAUAAAGGUUAUAGUGUUCAUAUGCAGACUUUUAUGACUUGAUUUAUCAUCUCUUUCAAUGAUUAGUACCCUCACUUGUCUCCUGUGAAAUAAGGGAAAUUUAACUAUUAGCACAGAGAAAAGAUGCAUAAUACAUUAUUAGUAUCAGAGUAAGACUUUGAGCAUCUUGACUCCAAAGAUGGUGUCCUUUUCAUUCCAUUCUCCUGCUAAUAUUUAUAGCAAAUUAAGCCACAUAAUGACACAUUUUUCAUUUAUUUCAGUUCUGCCAAGAAAAGAGAACAAUACCCUUUAAUCCCAGGGGAAGGAUUGCAGUCACCACAAUAAUAAGGUAUAUAUUUGGCUUGGAAUAAGGAUUCUAAGUGCUAUAAGGGAAAAAAAGUUAGCAGAUUCCCUGGAGUUGUAAGGAUAAGCAUAUGACUCCAAUUUAACAGUGUAAUUAUGGUUUUGAACAUUCUCUAGAAAUUUUGUAAUCUGCGUGUGUAAAUGGUUACUUCUGUUUUUUUUUUUCUUCCCUCAGAUUAAAAGACAUUUUAAAAUACAUUUCGGGUUCCUUUAGCAUAUGUGACUGUAGAUGUGAAUAUAUAUUUUGUUGCUAGUCAGACUCUGAUGGCUUUGAUUUAUCCAACAUAUACCUGAACUCCAGAGAAGAAUUAUUGGUAUUUGGAUUCAUGGAGUUGGCUGCUGCUACCUUAUAUCUGGCUGUGAGCUUUGAUCCUAAUGAUGUCAUGAUCAUAAUAAUCUUAGGGUCAGUGGAUAUAGCUUAUAAUAAUAGUAAAUAAUCUGAUUCUAGGAUUUCUUUUAGAACACAGGUACUGUAAGUUAAUUUGAUAUGUUUCAAUACUUUUUAUAACUAGUUUAUACCAUGAAAAAAUUGCCCAUUGUUAUAAAUACAAGUUGUAUUUUUUUCUUUAGUGAAAAUUCAUGCUUUAUCAUUCAUAUAAGUUAUGACGAUUGUUAUACUUAAAAAGAAUAUUGGGUGUGUGGCAUAUUGGUAAUGAAGAUUAGCCUUAUGGCUGUGUAUUAAUCACUAGAGAGACUUUAAAUAAGGGGACAGUUGCUAUCAUUAGCAGGGCAAUGAUUUGCCCCUUCUUUCAACUAAUUUUACUGAUAAUUGUCUCUAGUCUGUAAAUUAACAAUGAACCAUCCCUCAAAUGGAGAACUUUGGGGAUAUGAAACAGGUCUGAGUGCUUUUUAACCAUGGAAGGAAAGGUAUUGGUAUUACUCAUAUAGCAUAACCUGAGGUUGGAGAGGACCACUUGGGAGCCUGUAACUAAAGCUAGAUGGUAACUUCUGGGAUGGAUGGAGGUUCCCUUGAAGCAGUGCCAACCUAAAUCUACCUCAGGUAAGUAGUUAGAGUAACUUUUUCAAGAUUCCGACCAAAUGAGGUAAAUUGUAUUCAGUUGUACUCCUUAUGCUUUAAUAUUUUUGUUUUCCUUUAAUCCUUAAAUAAACAUUUGUUCUGAAAAGCUCCUUUUUUUUUGUCUCUGUUGUACUGUGAAAAAAUAGCAUUUCCCUAUACCUGCAUUAGAAUAAAGCAGAUGUUCAUGUGA